UCAGGCGGAGAUAACGUUCUUUUACCGUUAGUGGCGGUUGGGGGAGAGAGGUUAGUGCGCAGGCGCGCGGCAGCGACCGGGACUGUUGCGCCGGCGGCCGGCGGAUGACCUUGGCUCUUUUCGGCCGCCGCCGGAGGAAGGCGGAGAGGCGCUGUACACAUCAUAAAAGGGAAAGUACUCUGGCCUCAACACAUGUAAGGACUACAAUCACUUGAGCAACUAAGCUGAUAUACUGCAGUUUUAUUCAUGCAAAGGACUUCAACAAAAGUACAAGCUGGGAUAUGACAGGUAUAUCUUCUGAAUCUCAACAAACAAAAUCGUACCCACAAUGAAUUUAGUAUUGGUAUUCCUCCUCAGUGGAAUAAUUGCUUGCUCUAGAGCUAAGUCUGCAUACAAGCCAACACCUAGAUUACUCCUGGUGUCUUUUGAUGGUUUCAGAGCUGAUUAUUUGAAGACGUACAAUCUUCCAUAUCUCCAAGAUUUUAUUAAAGAGGGCGUGCUUGUGGAACAUGUUACAAAUGCUUUCAUCACAAAAACUUUCCCUAAUCAUUACAGUAUAGUCACAGGGUUGUACGAGGAAGCUCAUGGGAUUGUCGCAAAUGCCAUGUUUGAUGCUGCUACAAAGAAAAACUUUUCCCAGUUCAAUGAUGUAGAUCCUUUUUGGUGGGAUGAAGCAAUUCCCAUAUGGGUUACCAACCAGUGGCAAGAGAACAGAACAAGUGCUGCUGCAAUGUGGCCUGGUACAGAUGUCAGCAUUCACAAUACCACCCCUCAUUUUUUCAUGAAAUAUAAUCGUUCAGUAAGUUUCAGCAAAAGAUUAGAAAAUAUCAUCAGAUGGUUGAACAGUUCUGACCCUCUUGUCACUUUUGCUACUCUCUAUUGGGAAGAACCAGAUGCAAGUGGCCACCAGUACGGCCCAGAAGAUACUAAAAACAUGUCCAACGUCUUACAGGAAGUGGAUAAACUUGUCGGCCACCUUGUUAAAAGCCUGAAGGUCUCUGAGCUGUGGGACAAGAUAAAUGUUAUAAUUACCAGUGAUCAUGGCAUGGCACAGUGUUCCCAGGAACGGUUGAUCAAACUGGAUACGUGCGUUGAACCAUGGUCAUACAGGCUGAUUGACAAGAGCCCAGUUGCAGCCAUACUGCCUUACAAUGAAACAUAUGUAUAUGACAAGUUGAAAACCUGCAAUCCUAAUAUGAAGGUUUACCGUAAAGAAGACAUUCCAGACCGAUAUCAUUACCAUCAUAAUGAGCGCAUUCAACCCAUAAUCCUGGUUGCAGAUGAAGGCUGGACAAUUGUGCAAAAUGAGACCCUUCCAAAAUUAGGAGACCACGGCUAUGAUAAUGCAUUUCCAAGCAUGCAUCCAUUCUUGGCAGCUCAUGGGCCUGCUUUCCGCAGAGGUUAUAAGCGGAAGACAAUGAAUACUGUUGAUAUUUAUCCCAUGAUGUGUCACAUCCUUGGCUUGACACCCCAGCCCAAUAAUGGCACCUUGACCAAUGCCAAGUGUUUGCUAGUUGACCAGUGGUGCAUAAAUAUCCCUGAAGCCAUUGGUAUCGUGAUUGGUGCCUUGAUGGUGUUAACUACUCUGACGUGCCUUAUCAUCAUCAUGAAGAACAGAACGCCUUCUCUGCGACCAUUUUCACGCCUUCAGCUUCAGGAAGAUGAUGACGAUCCCUUAAUUGGAUAAUUUGCUUAGGAGCCUGGGCAGUGCUCCAGUGACUGUGUCUUGAAGACUUUACAUGAUAGGUAAACUUACACUGGAGAAUGUCUUGUGAUGCACUUUAAUAAAAAUCCAUCCUGAAUACUGUAGAGAAAUAGUGUCUCUCUCUGAGAAAGAGCCACUGAAUAGAACAAUGAAAGUACAGAGUUCACAGAAAUUAUUUUUACAGCCUCUCCCUUGAUGUACAUCUUGUUGUUUUUUUGUUGUUCUAUAGGUUCCAUCUCCUUGAAUAAAACCAAUUUCCUACUGGAAAA